AAAGAAGAAGAAGAUGGUGUCAUACCAGAAGUCUCGUUGCUACGCAUUAUUAAAGCUAAUUCCAAAGAAUGGUGGCUCAUUGCUCUUGGUCUUUUAGGUUCAGUGAUCCUUGGAUUCAUAUACCCGGUCUUUGCUCUCAUUUUUGGUGAAAUACUCGACAUUUUUGCCCGCCCUCCUUCUGAAAUACUGUCUGGGCUCCACCCAUGGGCGGGGCUAUUCCUUGGAAUUGGAGUAGUCGUUGGACUUGGAGCAUUUAUAAGAUCUCUUUGUUUGGGUAUUGCCGGUGAGAACCUCACCGCUCGCCUGAGGACCUGGUCUUUCCGUACUUUCCUCCGCCAGGACAUGUCAUGGUUUGAUAAAGAAGAGAACUCAGCCGGAGCACUGACUACAAAACUAUCAACAGAUGCAUCUCUAGUUCAAGGAGCAACUGGUUCAAGAUUAGGUACACUUGUAGAGAUAAGUGUGGCCAUGUUACUUUCUCUUAUCAUAUCAUUCGUCUACUCCUGGAUGCUUACCCUGGUACUGGCUGGAUUCAUACCUGUCUUCAUGCUGGCUGGGUUCCUCCAAUUCAGAGCCAAUGCUGAGUCCAUUAAAUCAAGCACUGACUCUAGUACUGUAGCUGGAAAGAUUGUGAUAGAGUCACUGGUGAACAUUAGGACAGUCACCUCACUCGGUAUUCAAUCGAAUUUCUUUCAAUCUUACACUAACGAAAUUAGAGGACCUUACAAACGAGCUCUAAUAAAGUCCCCAGUGCUUGGAGCUGCUUAUGGCUUCUCCCAGGGUGUGCUGUAUCUGGGGUACGUGGUCACUUUUGGAUUUGGAGCUUAUCAAGUAACAAGACAACCAGGUGAUAUUGCUCAUAGCACAUUCAGUAAUAUCUUUGUUGUCUUUACUGCUGUCAUCUUUGGAGCUCUUGGUGCAGGGCAGGCCUCUUCCUUUGCUCCUGACUACGCUAAAGCUAAGCAAUCAGCUAACAGGAUAUUUGCACUGUUAGACAGAGAACCAGCAAUUGAUGGAUACUCUGAAGAUGGACUCAAACCAGGUGAUUUGUCUACC